UUUCAUGGCCGAUGUAAGAAUCCCUCUCGAAAUGUUCUAAACUAUGGUUUUGAUGCUGUCCAAAAGAGUUCCCAUAGCAGAGGUCUGUGAGGCUGUAGUUCAACUUUCCUGAGCUGACAUCAUGUUGUUGCUCUUUGGACCACAAACUAGAAGCGACUGAAUAAGCAGCGCCUCUGCUGGACUCCUUUUUGCCAUUUCAGCAAUCAAUUCUACAAAUUAGACAGAAUUUGUAUGAGCAGGGAAUUAUUAUGCCCUACAAUUUUGGGACCAAAAAUGGCCAAAACACAACUUGUGAACAUUAUGCAAGACGUUUGCAAGUUUGUAAACCAUUUAACAAACAAGGUACUCGACCAGAAAGACUAGCUAGAUACUAGGAUUUUUCCUCCUUGGCUCAUUGAGGCAACUCAAGAGAUAGAAGCUAUGCCCACUGUCUUCUGUGAUCAGAAACAAGGAAACAAGAGUAAAAACAUUCCAGGGGCUACCCUUUGCGUCUGACGUGCUCUGAGCUAUUUCCAAGUUUCCGAUAAUUGGCACGUUUCUGCUAACUUCAGCACAGUAUGCGUUGUUUUGUGUUUCCACUGUAAAAAGUUUCAGAGUACCCAAAAUCAUGAAUCUUUACAAUCCCACUUUUUAGGUACCUGCUGAUGUAUGUGGUAUGGUACAGUACUGUAAGGCGGAGGAGCUAAGAUCCCUGCUGUCCAUUUGAUUGGUCGACUCUGAAAUGUCACUAACGAGAAUCAAUUGACGGGAACCGUUUUUUGGGCUGCCCACAGCUGGACAUUUCGCCUCGUAGUACUACUAUUGGGUCCUAUGUAAAUGUUUCAUGACAGAAUAUCUUCAAAGCUAGUGACAGUGUGACGUUGAUACUAUUCAUGCUGCCCAAGGUCUCUUUUGAUAGUUUUAUAAUGAAAGAGUUCUAAAACGUGAUGGUGAUCCUUUGGGGUUUUCCUGCUUUACAACAUUGCCAUGUAACAGUUAUAAAUAAAGGUGUUAAGAUUAUUUGGGUAAUUUGAAUAUUAGCUAAGUGGCGGCACGGUUCAUUGUCCGAUAACAUAUGACUGGACGUAAAUACAUAGGCGUCAUCCAUUCUUUAUUUCACGCACCAUCAAUUAAUAGCCAGUCACAAGGUUUAGAGCGUGGUAGUUUAAAUAGCACAACCUGGUUCACAAUAGCCCGCCAUUAAUAAACAGCAACAGCAGUGACAGGAAAUCAGACCAGUGCAGACUGUUACAUGAGGUGUCGUAUAACAGCAGUCACGCCACAGUCAAAUCAGGUCGCCCUUACUCUUAUCUUCCAUUUUCUGUUGGGGGGCAGAUACUGUAGCAGAUUUACAACCUUAUUUCUGCUGCUAGCAAAUCCCACAAGUGAAGAAGCAUUUGAUAAUCUGGACCAAAUAUUUUGACCAUUAGUGUAUAUUAUUUUGUUAACUACUCCGAGCCAUUUAGAUUCGUUCCCCUUGAUUUCCUGUAAAUCAAUAGCAGCGGGUAAACAUAUUUUUGGGGGCACCGAGCGGCAGAAAGAUUAGAAGCCGAGCCGGAGCAGGAAGUAGAGUCUUGAGUGAGAGGCCACAGGCAGAUGUAACAUUUCACACACAGCACUUGGGUUUGAGAUGCAACACAGAAAGGUACCGUGUAGUUUUCGAGUUUCGGAGUGUUCAACUUGAGUGAGGUGACCGGACAAGACAGGAGCUAUGAGACGCUGAAGAGGCUGGAACCAUCUUAACUGGCCAAUACGUUAAGGCUGUUAAUCAGAGUAUCAGUGGCAGUGUAUCUGUCAGUUAAGUUUUAGAAUCAUUUUGGUCUCCAUAUGAGGCUUAACCUCCGGGAUUGCUCCUGUUUUGAAAGGUUGUAUGUUUUGGUCAUGUCUCCAAACAGAACCACUGACCUCCUCUGACUCAAAGCUGAGAUCAGCCUGGAGUGGAAUGUAGGAUGUCACCCGAGCUAUUUUGGCUAUGUACACCCACUAAUGAUUGUGAUCGCAAAGCACGGAGCAGUUGCUUUUUCUUUUUUCCUGACCACUGGCUUUUAUCAUGCAGCGCUCCUCAGUGCUGCAGGGAUUAGAGAGUUAAACGAAUGGCACAGCGGCUCCGUUUGGACUUCGCGUCAAGGAGAAGCCACACCGACCCUCUGUCAGAGUGCCUCAGCAGCCAUGGUGAGGAGAGUGGAGUCAUUUUGUCAGCUGGUAGCCCCACAAAGAGUCUGGCGCACAGUUCUCUACACUUCAAGGUGACUUCGUUGUCACCGGACUAUGGAAAUUUACAACGAUAUUCUUCAGUAUUUAUACCGAGGGUUAACACAGGAGUAUGUAGUCAAAAAAGUGUUGUUCAGAUCUCGCUACAGCCCUGCGGCACGCUCACUGGAGACCGGGAUAGCACCGUAGGGGAUGGAGACCCCAGGAGCAGUGAAGCGGGAGCGGUUGCAGGUUCUGAUGGGGGUUCGUGUAGCAGUAGUAUGGCCAGCGACGCCGGGUACUGGAGUAGCAGCAGUAUCUUCGAGCCAGAGACUCCAGAAAAGCACAGGACCGCCCAAGAGAAGAGCGUUCUCUGCUGCACGUCCAAGGUCCCCUUGAGACGUUGUUCCUCCUUGGUUAUAUUCCCAAAGAGCCCCUGUAGCACGCCACCUGCUUCUCCGGUAAACCCAGUCGCUCUUCCUGCUCUCCCAACAACGAGAGCUCCGCUCUUGACACCUGCCACCGAUUUCUCACGGGAGGAAGAGGAUAUGACUCGGAAAGAGUCUGCCACAUCUACAAGUGGCCAACGUCUCAAAGGAAACCCUUCAUCUGAGUGUCGGGACACCAAACAUAUGGUACACUUUAAUCUUCCUUUACAAGACAAACCUAAAUGUACAGAGCUGGACAGCAAUGAUGUGAUGGAAGAGUCAUCGGCUCACGAGAAAUCUCAGCAUCACUCAAGGAGUGUUCUGCUACACUUUGCCCAUCAGAAACCAGUUACAGCUGAAGUCAGUGCGGAAUAUCCUGACGCUCCCUACCCAGGUGCAGAGCCUGAGACUCGACAUAACCCUAAGAAAAAACUGUACCGCAGUACCUCGGCUUGCUUGUUCUCCUCAGCGAAACCCUCAGAGGAACAACUCUGUGCCUUAGCAAAAGAACAAGAAAGGUUCGAGGAAAACCAUUGUCAUCGCGCCAUUCAACGGAGCUUUUCUCUGGAGGUGCCCUAUGCCAACACUGGGAUUUCAUGUCAUGUUUCGAACACAAAACUCGGUAGUACAUACUCUCCACAUGUGCACAUUCAUCUUUCGCCGUGCUGUCCGGCCAAGUUGCCGAGCUUACCUAAUAAUGCAGAUGCAAGCUGCAAAGGGAACAGUACCGCAAAGAACUUAAGCCAAAAUGCUAAGACACGUGAUGACUUUCUGGGACAGGUGGAUGUUCCUCUCAAUCAGAUACCAACAGAAAAUCCUAAUGCACAAAGGCCUUACACAUUCAAGGAUUUUCUGCUUCACCCCAGAAGUCACAAGUCCAGAGUGAAGGGCCAUCUGCGACUCAAAAUGACCUACAUGCCAAGAAACGGGGGUUCGGACGAGGAACCAACAGAUCAGAAUGACAACACAGAUCCCGCAUGGGAGUUUUUGGAAUCUCAGGACAUGUCAGGCCCUAGGCAGAGCGAGCAGACACCUGUUCUGCCCCCCGGCUGGGAGGAGCGUCAGGAUAACCUCGGAAGAACCUUCUAUGUCCACCACGAGAGCCGAACUACACAGUGGGGGCCGCCGACGUUACAAGACAAUAAUGUGGACACAAGGCGACAACACAGCACAAGAGAGACGGCGCAGAAUUAUAUUACACGCAGACAGAUCUCAGACCCUGAUGAGACCUCUGCGCAAGAUGAGGAAUGGGACGUUUUUAGAGAAGACGAAUUGUGCUUGAACCAGGGCAACCGGCUCACAUCGCCCCCACCUCAGAUGCCCCCGGAGACGCAGAUGUCGAACGACGAGCUCGGAAACAUUUCUAUUACAGGGGCCGCGGCUUGCGAGCGCCAGGCGGAUCACGCGUGUCAUUCGAGCCAUUCCGCGCGCACGAGAAGUUUUCACACGCCGCCAGCGGAGGAGCAUCCUGUUAAUUCUGUGCUGCUGGGGACCUCUGGGGGGCUGCCUCCAGGGUGGGAGGAAAAGAGAGACAGUAAAGGAAGACGCUAUUAUAUCAACCACAACACCCGAACCAGCUCGUGGAUACGGCCCCAGGCGCAGAGAACACUUUCAGCAUCAGCGGCCGCACAGAGCAGGGCGAGUACACCGCCCUUACCGUCCGUCCCCCCCGAAGCAUCUCCGCAGCACGCUGCGAGCCCGGAAGCCGCACCUGAAUCUGGCGCCAUGCCGGUCGGUUGGGAGGUCCGCAGCGCUCCCAACGGAAGACCCUUUUUCAUUGACCACAAUACAAAGACUACGACCUGGCAAGAUCCCAGGCCUACGAUUCCUGUUCAUGCGAGGAGUAGACCCACACUUGACCCCUCCGAUCUCGGCCCGUUGCCACCUGGUUGGGAGGAGAGGGUCCACACAGAUGGGAGGAUAUUCUACAUUGAUCACAACACCAAGGCCACACAAUGGGAUGAUCCGAGGUUACAAAACUCAGCAAUAACCGGACCGGCGGUGCCUUAUUCCAGAGAUUAUAAACAGAAAUAUGACUACUUCCGCAAGAAGUUGAAGAAACCAGACAACAUCCCCAAUAGAUUUGAGAUGAAGGUGAGACGAAACGCAGUGCUGGAGGACUCGUACCGGCAAAUCCUCCUAGUUAAGCGGCCAGACUUGUUGAAAGCACGACUGUGGGUGGAGUUUGAGGGAGAAAAGGGUUUGGACUACGGAGGCUUGGCCCGGGAGUGGUUCUUCCUCAUGUCCAAAGAGAUGUUCAACCCCUACUACGGACUCUUUGAAUAUUCUGCCACGGACAACUAUACACUGCAGAUUAAUCCCAACUCAGGUCUGUGCAACGAGGACCAUCUGACUUACUUCAAGUGUAUUGGCCGUGUGGCGGGCAUGGCCGUCUGGCAUGGAAAACUGCUGGAUGCUUUCUUCAUUCGGCCUUUCUACAAGAUGAUGCUGCAGAAACCCAUAACCCUGCAGGACAUGGAGUCCGUUGAUAGUGAAUAUUUUAAUUCACUAAAGUGGAUUUUGGAGAACGACCCAACUGACCUGGAUUUGAUGUUCACCAUUGACGAGGAACUCUUUGGACAAACUCACCAGCACGAGCUGAAGCCCGACGGUGCGGAGAUUGUUGUCACUAAUGACAACAAGAAGGAAUACAUCCAUCUUGUGAUGCAGUGGCGCUUUGUAAACCGAAUCCAGAAGCAGAUGACUGCCUUCAAGGAUGGAUUUUUUGAGCUAAUCCCUCAAGAUCUGAUCAAGAUCUUUGACGAGAACGAGCUCGAGUUGCUCAUGUGUGGUCUCGGAGAUGUGGACGUGAACGACUGGAGACAGAACACCAAGUACAAGAGCGGCUACAACUCCAACCACGUAGUUAUCCAAUGGUUUUGGAAAGCAGUCCUGCUGAUGGAUGCCGAAAAGCGAAUUCGUCUCUUGCAGUUUGUGACUGGAACCUCCAGAGUCCCGAUGAACGGUUUUGCGGAACUUUAUGGAUCUAAUGGUCCGCAACGGUUCACCAUUGAGCUGUGGGGAACGCGUGACAAACUCCCCCGAGCGCACACAUGCUUUAACCGUCUGGACCUUCCACCCUACGAGUCGUUUGAGGAACUACGGGAGAAACUUCACAUCGCCAUCGAGAACGCACAGGGCUUCGACGGCGUGGAUUAGUCUAUUCGCGGAUACAAAAGUGAGAAGCCAAGCGGCGCCGGAUGUCGUGAAGUUCCAAAUUACAGCUGUAGGCUGUAAGACGCACAAAGGGCCGACACGUAGCCCUCACUUCGGUCGACACGAGGAAUGACGACGUCUGGAGCGAAAGGUGUCAUAUCUCUACUAGUGUUCUGAAUUGUACAAAUCAGGGUCUUUUCAUUGAAUGUGAAAUGACAAACACUAGCCGUGAGACCAGAGCCAUAUUCAACGUUUUCAGGGUGUCUGUGGACUGGCCCCCCUUAUGUCCAAUCGCCUGUAUUAUUGCUUUGGAAGUUGCUGUGAGCCAUUGAAAUAAAUGUUUAGUUUUUUGUUUGUUUGUCAUCUCAUGUAGAUUGAAAUCAAAUGAUAUCUUUUGAAUGCCUAUUUGGGGGCCGAGCAGUGCGGGACCCUGUGCGAGCCUGUGCGUUAUUCCGACCCUGCAUGGGACUAUUACGUAUCACCAAAACAUUCAUCUCAUGGCUUUGGUUUCACAUCACACUUUUAGGAAAGUUGUCCUUCCACUUCACUUUAGCAAAGUAAGGUAAAGUCAUGUAAAAAGUAAAGAGUUAAUUCAUUGUGUAAGUGACAAGUAUUGUGGGUCCAGGUGUGUAAUCACUGCCCGCGUCUAAUAGUAAUAAAAAAAAAAAAAAAAAAAAAGAAUAACAGGCAUGACAGUGAAGUCAUCCGAUACAUUAGCGAAUUAAACUGCCGCCUCGAGAUAUGAGUUUAAUUUGAUGCGUGACCACGCUCGUAACCCAAAACACACGCAAGUCAUAGAAAUGAAUGGAAAAGCCAUUAAUCUGUUCCAGCCUGAAACAAAAGCAAGAAAAUAUUUUGGAGUGUGUUUUUAAUAAGAAAAAAAUAUGAUAUAUUGUACUUUAUAAAAACAUACAAUAUUGACAUUAUUAGAAUGUAAAUAAUGAAACGGUUUUUGGACAAUGGACUCUGCUAGUCCUUCUGGUGUUUGACCACCUGGGGGCAGUAUAAUGCAGAUAUACAUGGAAACGGGUCAGUCCUCAGCAAGCCACACUAAUAUUACCUGUAGUUGUUCGUAGAGGAUUCAAAAAUGUAUGCCUGGGAGUGCUAUUAUACUAGCUUUAUACAUAUAUUGCUCCACUAUAUUGAAGGGUUAUAACAGCACCACAUAGAUGCUAUUCAAUAGCCUGGCGUUUUAGCAUUAAGCUGGUGGGCUUAAUUCCCUUUGUUUGAUGUUGAGCUUGACACUAAACUUCAACUGGGCGUGACAAUGAACAGCUCGAGUUGUCUUUUGGUUACAAUUUUUCAUGACUGUAUUUGCCAAACUGCUGCUUGUUGCGAAGUUAGUUGAUUGACCGGCACCUCGAGUUUUUUGCUCGCAAGUCAAAGCAAAAGACGGCAGAACAACGGCUCGUAUCUCGAAAAACCCGUGAGUCGGGUCACUCGUAUCUCGAGGCGCCGCUGUAUUCUUAAAUUCAAAUCUACUCCGACACCGAAGUCUUUUUUUCCCCUUCAAACGGGGGUAAAAUGUAUUGUUUCUAUGAAGUUGUAUACAUGAUUCAUUCCAGUAUAUUAGAGCCAUCACGGCGGGGAGUGUAUGCCCCUUCGAAAGCGCAAAAUGGGUGGGGUAAGUGCAAGUAAGCCAAGUAUGUGUCGUUUCAUGGAGUUAGAAAUGUACCAAUGCCAGGACCAGUUCAAUGCUUGACGAAUUCUAGUCCACAUCCGUGUGUGUGUGCAGAUGCAAAGGAGUUUGAGUAUGUUACAGUACUAUGCAUCAUUUGAUAUGCCUCUCUUAUUAGACACAAUGAAAUUGUUGCCUCCUACAAAAUGAUGAAGCUUUUAUUAUGGCUGUCGGAGCGACUCAGAGCCGGUGCACCGCGACGUCACUCAGCCUUUUUGUUUAUUUCUGCUCAUUGUGAAGCAUGCGCCAACACGCGACUGAAUCAUUUAGCAUUUACUAGUCUCACUCUACAGCACUCAAUUGAAAACUGUGUUUGUGUGCAAUGGACUUUUCAUACAAUGUUUUAUUCUUUUCUUUCAACGGUAAGAUGUGUUUACACCGCGUGCUGUGUUUAGAGGUCGUUGACGAGGGCGGGUGUCGUGGGCUGGCUCUCGUCACUGACAACGAUGCUUAUGUGAUGCUUUUACAAAGUUGCGCACUUUGUUCGUAUCGACAAGUCUUACUUCUGAAGUGUCACCUGCACACUUCUUAAAAUGAUCCUCUGCUUCAAGUGCACCUGUGGAAAAGUUUACAUGUGAACAUUGCUGAAAUGAAGCGCAUUCUUUUCUUUGUCUCUCGUAUUGAAAACGAUUUAUCGUCUCUCUUUGGUCAUGUACUAUCGCUAUCCUUUAUGUUCUAAUCCUGAAAAGCAAGUACUGUUAUGUUCAUUUUGUCUAGGAGAUAAUAACACUUAAUAUCUGGACUGACAUUUUCUUUGAAAUGUCACCUGUAAGUCCAUUAUAGCUAACAUUCAUGCUACAUAAUGUAUAUGAAAAUAGUUUAAAGCGUGCAAUGAAAUGUAGUUUUCGAAAUUUAAAUUUGCUGAUAGCACAGCAAACAAAUUGAGAUAUAUUUCACUAAUAAAGCAAUGUAAAAACAA